GUGGGGAGGUGUGUUUGGAAAUCUGUAUAAAAGUCAUAGACUGACGCAUGAAUCUUCACACAUCUUAUUCAACUCUUUUGCAUAACAAUCACUCGAGUUAAUCACUCAACAAAAUCAAAAAAUCAAAAUGAACUCUUUUGUUUUCGUCGUAUUGGCCGCCGUCGCCUCCGUGGCGUCUGCUGGACUUCUUGCUGCUCCAAUUGCCUACUCUGCUCCAGUAUAUGCCGCACCAGCCAUCCGAACCUAUGCCGCUGCUCCCAUCGCCUAUGCUGCUGCACCAGCUAUCCGAACUUAUGCCGCCGCUCCCAUCGCUUAUGCUGCACCAGUUGUCCGAACUGUUGCCGUCGCCCCAGCUGUCCGAACUAUUGCCGUCGCCCCAGCAUACCGUACCGUUGCUGCUCCAGCUUACGCUUACGCAGGAAACUUCGGAUAUGCCGCACAUGCCCUCCGAUCUUGGUAAUCUCUGGAGACUCCCUAUGAUUCUUGUUUAGCUAUGAGAGUUCAACUAGCUCAUCGUUUUGAUAUACUUUUUAUACCAUAAUACCAGAUUAAGCUCAAAUUAUUUGUAUGAUUUAAUUGGAAAUGGGUUGGAAUAAAAUUUUGUCGUAUAAUUCCUGAUAAAUA